UUGUGGUACCUUAAACUAGAAAUGUAACCAAAAUUUAACCAUUUAGGAAAAAAAAUAAUAAAUAUUUAUAUAAGUCGCUGAUUCUUGAAGUGGUGACGUCAGCUGGUGACCCGGAAGAGCCCAGCUGCUGUAUAAAUGUCUGACUGUGUGUUAGAGAGAACAGAGCUGGGAUUGUUCCUCUCUACACCCAGUUAACACCAGGACCGGGACCAGGACCAGGACCGGGACCAGGACCGGGACCAGGACCAGGACCAGGACCGGGUCAUCUCCCCAUAGAUCUCUAUGGAUAAACACAGAACCAGUCUGACGGACGAUGCUAACGGAAGCUAACUGAGAUUAGCCAGGUGUUGUUAAACAGCUUCAGGUCAGCCGUUGGUUGAUGACAGUUUACCUGCAUGUCCUAGAGUCCAGGUGAGAGCAGGUAGUUAGUUAGCUAGUCAGCUAGUUAGUUAGCUAGUCAGCUAGCUAGUUCUCUAGUUAGCUGCUCUAUCAGCGGCUAACAGCCACGUCAGCUAACAGCUAGCUUAGCUUCAUCUCUACAGUCUGCUGCUGCUGAGAGCUCUGGUUCGGCUCUACUCGGGUCUCCUCGGCUCUACUCGGGUCUCCUCGGCUCUACUCGGCUCUGGUUCGGCUCUGGUUCGGGUCCUGAUAGAACCAGUGUAGUUCUAGAGGGCCCAUGGCUCCGAUGGGGAUCCGGCUGUCCCCCCUCGGUGUGGCGGUGUUCUGUCUGCUGGGAGUCGGAGUCCUCUACCACCUUUAUGCUGGAGUCCUCUCCUCCCACCUGGCUGCCUUCAGACAGAGGGGGAAGGUGGAGCUGAGGGAGCUGCUGGCCGUAUCGGUGGAGGCAGCCGUCCUCGGAGGAGCAGAGGUGAAGAAGGUGCGUGAGGAGAACGGGCUGAAGGAGAAAUCAAAGGGGAAGACGAGGGAAGGAGUCAGUGAGCUGCUGACGAUGGGAGACCUCCAGUCCCACAGGAAGAUGUUCAACCUGAUCAGCAACACGUUCCCACAAGUCACCGUGAACAGUGAGGAACAUGACAGCGUGGUGGAUAAAGCUGCAGCCUGGAGCAGAAACAUCCCAGCAGACAUCCUGGACAAGAUCGAGGGAGGACGGGAGGUUCCUGCUGACAGCGUCACGGUGUGGAUCGACCCUCUGGACGCCACGCAGGAAUAUACAGAGAACCUGGUGCAGUACGUGACCACCAUGGUGUGUGUGGCUGUAGAAGGGAAACCAGUCAUUGGAGUCAUCCACCAGCCCUUCACUGGUUUCACUGCGUGGGCCCUGGUGGGUCAGGGCUCCAACAUGCGUCCCCGCUCCUCGUACAGCUCCAGCCCCCCGAAGGUUAUUGUUUCUCGUUCUCACUCUGGACAAGUGAAAAGUUUUGUUCUGGAAGCUUUUGGAAACAACACAAAGACAGUAGAAGCAGGUGGAGCAGGUUAUAAGGUCCUGGCCCUGCUGGAGAUGCCUCCCAGUGACUCGUCCUCCAUGGAGCAGGCUGAUCUUUACGUCCACGUCACCUUUAUUAAGAAAUGGGACAUCUGUGCUGGUGCAGCGCUGCUCAACGCCAUGGGAGGCCACAUGACGACCCUGAAGGGGGAAGACAUCGACUACAGCGGGACGCCGGUCAACAAAGGAGGCCUGGUGGCCAGCGUGGGUCUGGACCACAAGGCCCUGCUGGAGAAACUCCCAGACUGGGACCCUGAGAAGCACUGAGACCCAGAACCAGAGCUGGAGGAGGGACGAGGGUCCGGUUGGUGAGGGGAACGUAUAACUGGGAGUGGGCUGGAACAUCUAACACAGAGCUGGUGGAGGGACCAGGGGCUAUCACUGGGAGUGGAGGGUCUACCAGUCAGAGGGCUGGGACACUACCAGGACCACUGACUCAUCAGGACAUUCACCACCAGGACCACUGACUCAUCAGGACAUUCACCACCAGGACCACUGACUCAUCAGGACAUUCACCACCAGGAACACUGAGACUACACAGCUCUGAAUGAUGAACUCUCUCUGAUGAAAGGGUUAAACUCUGAUGAAAGGGUUAAACUCUCUGAUGAAAGGGUUAAACUCUCUGAUGAAAGGGUUAAACUCUCUGAUGAAAGGGUUAAACUCUCUGAUGAAAGGGUUAAACUCUCUGAUGAAAGGGUUAAACUCUCUGAUGUCAGAAUAAAGCUUCAUCUUUAUCUCAUGACGUCCCAGAAAACACACUGCUGUAAAAAAUAAAAAAAGGUGUUUAGUCUAAAACCAGAUCAAACAGUAAAUCUGAGGGAAAUGAUCUGCUGCAUGGACAGAUAAUUUACCUUGACAAGAUUUAUUACAUUCAUUAUUUACUAUUUAUACUAUUUAAGGACAAUUUUUUCCUGUUUUUCUGACUAUUUUUUCUGUUUUUGGUGGUAAUUUAUUCCUUUUUUUUUUUUUUUGAGUAAUUGUUUUUCUGACUUUUUUUUGUGUCAUUUUUUCUCAUUUUCUGACUAUUUUUUCUGUUUCCCUGACUCUUUUUUUCUGUUUUUUUUUUUUUUUAAUUAAAUCUAGAAAUAAGCAACACUUAAAAUAAGAGAUUAACUCUUAAAACCGGAUAAAUGAUCUAACACUUCUAAAUCUAAAGUUUUUUUUAUCUUGGUGAGAACCAAAUAAUCAUCAGGUCACACAUAAGUCACACAUAAUUUAUCUGGUUUUAAGAGUUAAUUUCUUAUUUUAAGUGUUCAACAUGCUUAUUUCUAGAUUUAAUAAUCUUAAUUUAAUAAAUCUUGUAGAGUGAAAUUAAGUGAAGACAAUAAUUUCCCUCAGAUUUAGUGUUUUUAUCUGGUUUUUAGACCUUUUGACAGUGUGAACUGUAGAGUCAUGGCGAGGCCUACAGGUGGUGAUAUCUAGUUUGUUCUAAUUUUAGUGUUAUUAUUUUAACGUUAAAUGGAAAAUGAGGGAACUUUAAAGGAAAAAUAGUCUAUUUUCUCAUUUUUUGGCACAAUAAUCCAACAGGAAGGUUUGUCAGAACCAGAUCUACCGACAGGAAGCUGAGGGAUGCUGCAGGUUAUUAGUUUCUUACCAAGAUAAAAGAAUUUAGAUUUAGAAGUGUUAGUUCAUUUAUCUGGUUUUAAGAGUUCAUUUCUUACUUUAAGCGUUCAACAUGUUUAUUUCUAGAUUUAAUAACAUUAACCCAUUUAGGUCUAAAACACCUGGAAAAUAUGCCUGUAAAACCUCUGAUUGGUGAUUUUAAAAUAAAACCUGAAGUUUUUCUGUAAAUUCAACAGAAGUGUCAAUGCUUCCUAUUUCAACUCUUUCUGGAGAAGUCCCAUGAUGCAUUGAGACACAAAACCUCAUAUCCUCUUUCUGCUUUAAUGGUAGAACAACACAACAGAACCCAACAGGCUUUAAUGGUAGAAUAACACAGCAGCUCCCAGCAGGUUCUAAUGGUAGAAAUGUGGUAAUGCUUUCCCGCCUUAAAUGUUUUAUUUUAAUAAAUCUUGUCAGGUAAAUUAUCUGUCCAUGCAGCAGAUAAUUUCCCUCAGAUUUAGAGUUUGAUCUGUUUUUAGAGCUGUUAUCAGUGGAGACGGGAUGAGUCUAAUGGAUCACUCUAAACACGUUUCUGUUCCUCAGCUUCCUGUAGAUACUAGAACAAGUCAUGAAGCAGCUUCUCCUGUUUGUCAGAUCCUCAGACUGACUAAACAACAGAAACAUUCUGUUCAGUCUGUUCCAGGACUUCAACUCCAACGUUACAAAGAGAAUCUCUGUGUCUCCAGGACCUGAACCACGUUAGAACCAGGACUGUUCUGAGCUGGACCGGGACUUUUCCUCCUCUGAACCUGUUCUGCUCCUGAACACUGAUCAGACUGGACUCUUCUCUCUCUGGGACUCUUGACUUGCAUGGAUUUGUAUUUGAUCUUUUCUCCUCUAACGGACUCCUGCAGACUCUUCUGUCCUACAGAGUCUAACUGCAGUAAAUACAUCAUGGGAUCAAAGGUCAAAUCAUUAUUUUUGAGCAUAUAAAUGACAUCAUCAAUACAUGUAGAAAUAAGAGUCGUAUCACUGAACUACCUGAAACAUCUGGCUGCCAGUUAAAACACGUUAAAGACGUUUUUCUCAGUUGAACCUUUGUGUUACUGCAGUUAGACUCGUUGCUGUGAAGCUGUGAGUCUUUAUUCAUGUGUCCAUUCAGAGUUCAUGUUCUCCAACAUGUUCUCCAACAUGUUCUGCUGCAGAACGAGGACAGAUGUUCAUCAUGUCAGCAGGUUAAAGACCUCGUCUGGACGCUGACGACAUUAAAAACAGAUUUUAAUCCUCAGAGCUGGUUCCUUCAUGUGAUGAACUUCACUUUUAUGGUUUUAGUGCCUUUAAUCUGCAGCAGACGACAUCGUUCUAGUUAGAACCAGAAACAGAACGAGAGGAUCGACAGUCAGCUGAGAGACUAGAGGACUUUAGUCUGGCAUCACCUGACUAGUUAGAAUCCAUCUGAGUCUCUUUGUCUUUAAACAGAACCAGACUAAACCAGGAGGGUCAACAUGAGGCUCCGGGGCCACAUGAGGCCCUUCACAGCUGAUAUCUAGACAUUUAACAUGGUUUUAUUGAUCAUAACCAGAAUCAUGAUCAAUAAAACCAUGUUAAAUGUCUAGAUAUCAGCUCUGAAAUUAAACUAUUAUCAGAUUUUUUUGUUAUCAUUAUAUUUGUCCAAACAAAUGAACCUUUAGUUGAACCAGACAUUUAAAUGAACAAGAAAUUAAAGAAAACAAGGUCUGAUCAUUAUUUCAUCACUGUAUGUGACAUUCUGCAGAAGUCUCUAAAUAUUAAAAAUAUAACUUCAAGUGUAGUUUUGAGUUGCUACAUUGUGACAAUCACAUUAAUAAAUGCUCAUUAUGAUCUAUUA